CUCUGUCCUGGCCAGCAGAUCCGCCUCUGGAGUGAGCUCUGCCCCUUCCCCCGCUCUUCCUGGUUCCCAGUGCCCAAACCCUCCACUCAAAUCCUCCUGACCCAGUGCUCUCCCAGCCAGGAUAGCCCAUGCCCCUCAAAGCCCUCCCACCCCAAGGAUCUGAGCACACUCAGUCGCAGGCAUGGGAUCACCCCAGACCUUGGAAGAGGGGGUCCAGCCUUCAGUCCCAAGAUGGGCUGCCCUCUGCAUAGUCAAGCCUAGGAAAGCCGAGCCACACAGCUUCCGGGAGAAGGUCUUCCGGAAGAAACCACCAGUCUGUGCAGUGUGUAAGGUGACCAUCGAUGGAACUGGCGUCUCAUGCAGAGUUUGCAAGGUGGCAACACACAGAAAAUGUGAAGCAAAGGUGACAUCGUCCUGUCAGGCUUUGCCUCCGGCGGAGCUGCGGAGAAACACGGCCCCCGUGAGGCGCAUAGAGCACCUGGGAUCCACCAAGUCUCUAAACCACUCAAAGCAGCGCAACACUCUGCCCAGGAGCUUCAGCCUGGACCCGCUUAUGGAGCGCCGCUGGGACUUGGACCUCACUUACGUGACGGAGCGGAUCCUGGCUGCCGCCUUCCCCGCGCGGCCCGACGAGCAGCGACACCGGGGCCACCUGCGCGAGCUGGCUCACGUGCUGCAAUCCAAGCACCGCGACAAGUACCUGCUCUUCAACCUUUCAGAGAAAAGACAUGACCUGACCCGCCUAAACCCCAAGGUCCAGGACUUCGGUUGGCCUGAGCUGCACGCACCCCCCCUGGACAAGCUGUGUUCCAUCUGCAAAGCCAUGGAGACGUGGCUCAGUGCUGACCCACAGCACGUGGUUGUACUGUACUGCAAGGGGAGCAAGGGCAAGCUCGGGGUCAUCGUCUCUGCCUACAUGCACUACAGCAAGAUCUCUGCAGGGGCGGACCAGGCAUUGGCUACGCUUACCAUGAGGAAGUUCUGUGAGGACAAGGUGGCCGCGGAGCUGCAGCCCUCCCAGCGCCGAUAUAUCAGCUACUUCAGCGGCCUCCUGUCCGGCUCCAUCAGAAUGAACAGCAGCCCUCUCUUCCUGCACUAUGUGCUUGUGCCCGUGCUGCCAGCCUUUGAACCUGGCACAGGCUUCCAGCCCUUCCUCAAGAUCUACCAGUCCAUGCAGCUCGUCUAUACAUCUGGAAUCUAUCACGUUGCAGGCCCUGGGCCGCAACAGCUCUGCAUCAGCCUGGAGCCAGCCCUCCUCCUCAAAGGCGAUGUCAUGGUGACCUGCUAUCACAAGGGUGGCCGGGGGACAGACCGGACCCUCGUGUUCCGAGUCCAGUUCCACACAUGCACCAUCCACGGACCACGGCUCACCUUCCCCAAGGACCAGCUGGACGAGGCCUGGGCGGAUGAGAGGUUCCCCUUCCAAGCCUCGGUGGAGUUCGUCUUCUCCUCCAGCCCUGAAAAGAUCAAAGGCAACACCCCACGGAACGACCCCUCGGUCUCUGUUGACUACAACACGGCAGAGCCUGCCGUGCGCUGGGACUCCUACGAGAACUUCAAUCAGCACCACGAGGACAGCGUGGACGGCUCCCCGACACACACCCGGGGACCCCUGGAUGGCAGUCCUUACGCCCAGGUGCAGCGGGCCCCCCGCCAGAGCCCACCGGCGCCCUCUCCAGAGCCACCUCCACCCCCCAUGCUCUCUGUCAGCAGCGACUCCGGCCAUUCGUCCACACUGACCACGGAGCCGGCUGCCGAGUCCCCUGGCCGGCCACCCCCAACGGCUGCGGAACGACAGGAGCUAGACCGCCUCCUGGGAGGCUGUGGAGUGGCCGGUGGGGGCCGGGGAGCCGGGCGCGAGACGGCCAUCCUGGAUGACGAAGAGCAGCCGCCCGUGGGCGGAGGCCCCCACCUCGGAGUGUAUCCAGGCCACAGACCCAGCCUCAGCCGCCACUGCUCCUGCCGCCAGGGCUACCGGGAGCCCUGCGGGGUCCCCAAUGGGGGCUACUACCGGCCGGAGGGAACCCUGGACAGGCGGCGGCUGGCCUACGGGGGCUACGAGGGGCACCCCCAGGGCUACGCCGAGGCCUCUGUGGAGAAGAGGCGCCUCUGCCGAUCCCUGUCUGAGGGGCCGUAUCCCUACCCCCCUGAGCUGGGGAAACCAGCCAACGGGGACUUCGGCUACCGUUCCCCAGGCUACCGGGAGGUGGUGAUCGUGGAGGACCCUGGGAUGCCUGCCCUGUGCUCCUGCCCCGCCUGUGAGGAGAAGCUGGCGCUGCCCACUGCAGCCCUAUAUGGGCUCAGGCUGGAGAGGGAGGCUGGAGAGGGGUGGGCGGGCGAGGCUGGCAAGGCUCUCCUGCACCCGGUGCGGUCCGGGCACCCACUGCCCCUGCUGGUGCCUGCCUGCGGGCAUCACCACACCCCGAUGCCCGACUACAGCUGCCUGAAGCCACCCAAGGCAGGCGAGGAAGGGCACGAGGGCUGCUCCUACGCCCUGUGCCCUGAAGGCAGGUAUGGGCAUCCAGGGUAUCCUGCCCUGGUGACAUAUGGCUAUGGAGGAGCCGUUCCCAGUUACUGCCCAGCAUAUGGCCGGGUGCCUCAUAGCUGUGGCUCUCCAGGUGAGGGCAGAGGGUAUUCCAGUUCCGGUGCCCACUCCCCACGGGCUGGCUCCAUUUCCCCGGGCAGCCCGCCCUACCCACAAUCCAGGAAGCUGAGCUACGAGAUCCCUGCAGAGGAGGGAGGGGACAGGUACCCCAUGCCUGGGCACCUGGCCCCCGCAGGAGCCUUGGCAUCUGCAGAAUCACCUGAGCCAGCAUCCUGGAGGGAGGGCCCCAGCGGGCACAGCACCCUGCCUCGGUCUCCCUGUGAUGCUCAGUGCAGUGCCUCUUCUGAGCUGUCUGGUCCCUCCACGCCCCUGCACACCAGCAGCCCAGUCCAGGGCAAGGAAAGCACCCGACGGCAGGACACCACGUCCCCCACCUUGGUGCCCACUCAGAGACUAAGUCCUGGCGAGGCUUUGCCGUCCGUUCCCCAGGGAAGCGCUGAAAAGGCUCCCGAGCUGCCAGCGAGAAGCGGGCUUGAGCUUCCAGCCCCUGGCCCCUUCUCCCCCACCUCCCCGCCCAGCUCACCCAAGGACUGGCCUCAGGAGAAGAGCCCGGGGAGCCGCUCAGACAGCGCCAGUCCGAGGGGCCCUGUGCCCACCACACUGCCUGGCCUCCGCCAUGCCCCCUGGCAGGGACUUCGAGACCCCCCAGAUAGCCCGGAUGGGUCCCCCCUCACCCCUGUGCCUACCCAGAUGCCCUGGCUUGUGGCCAGCCCAGAGCCGCCUCAGAGCUCACCCACGCCUGCCUUCCCCCUGGCUGCAUCCUAUGACGUCAACGGCCCCACCCAGCCCCCACUUCCCGAGAAACGCCAUUUGCUGGGACCUGGGCAACAGCCAGGACCCUGGGGCCCAGAGCAGGCAUCACCACCAGCCAGAGGCACCAGUCACCAUGUCACCUUUGCACCUCUGCUCCCGGAUAAUGUCCCCCAACCCCCAGAGCCCCCUGUGCAAGAGAGCCAGAGCAAUGUCAAGUUCGUCCAGGAUACAUCCAAGUUCUGGUACAAACCACACCUGUCCCGUGACCAAGCCAUUGCUCUGCUGAAGGACAAGGACCCUGGGGCCUUCCUGAUCAGGGACAGUCACUCAUUCCAAGGAGCCUACGGGCUGGCCCUCAAAGUGGCCACACCUCCACCCAGCGCCCAACCCUGGAAAGGGGACCCCUUGGAACAGCUGGUCCGUCAUUUUCUCAUUGAGACUGGGCCCAAAGGGGUGAAGAUCAAAGGCUGUCCCAGUGAGCCCUACUUUGGUGAGGCGCAGGGGCCAAGGGGGUCUCAGGAGGGUGGAGGGAGAGCUAGGGAGGGGGCGAUACCUGUGGGCACCUCAGGGCUUCUGUCACCUCCCCCUGCAGGCAGCCUGUCGGCCCUGGUGUCCCAGCACUCCAUCUCCCCACUGUCCCUGCCCUGCUGCCUGCGCAUCCCCAGCAAAGAUCCUCUAGAAGAGACUCCAGAGACCCCAGUGCCGGCCAACAUGAGCACGGCAGCCGACCUCCUACGUCAGGGUGCCGCCUGCAGUGUGCUCUACCUGACCUCAGUGGAGACAGAGUCACUGACGGGCCCUCAAGCGGUGGCCCGGGCCAGCUCUGCAGCUCUGAGCUGCAGCCCCCGGCCAACCCCAGCCAUCGUCCACUUCAAGGUCUCAGCCCAGGGCAUUACGCUGACGGACAACCAAAGGAAGCUCUUCUUUCGCCGCCAUUAUCCAGUGAACAGCAUCACCUUCUGCAGCACUGAUCCUCAGGACCGGAGAUGGACCAACCCCGACGGGACCACCUCCAAGAUCUUUGGUUUCGUGGCCAAGAAGCCGGGAAGUCCCUGGGAGAACGUGUGUCACCUCUUUGCAGAGCUUGACCCAGAUCAGCCUGCCGGCGCCAUUGUCACCUUCAUCACCAAAGUCCUACUGGGUCAGAGAAAGUGAAGGAAGGCCACAAGCUCAGAGCCCACUUCAACACCGCGCACCUCUCAGCACCCCACAGUCCUCACUUCCCCUGGCCUGGGCCCGGGAGACCCAGGAGCCAGCCCCUCCCUUAGGAAUGGGGAGUGGGCAUCAGCCUGGGACACUGCUCUCCUUCCCUGCCCCCAGCCUGCUAAGCCAAGUGGAUGGGCCUGUGAGAUGACCUUGCACGUGAGCAGAUGGCAGAGAUGGGUGUGUGAAGGGUGAGGAGGCAUGAGCGGUUGAGCCCUGGAGGGGAUCUGGACAGCCCCACCUGCACGAGAAGAGAACAUCAGCCCAGAGGGGAAAGCGGGCCUGCCAGCUCCACCCAGCUGCAGGUCCCAGCCUGGCAGGGAGAGGGGGAAGAGGUGUGGGGAGCAAGGCACGCCCUCCUCCACCUCCCCCUCUGAGCAGAGAGAUCAGAGUGGGAUCACAUGAAAAGGGGGGGAAAGAGUCUAUUUUUGUCUAAUAAAGAAAUUCUAUAACAUUUA